GCAAGCGCCACUAUCCACCGAGCGACGCCAGCACGAGCUGGUGCUACACUGUGAAGUGACUGUGAUGCAACUGUGUUCAUAUUUGUGAUCGAUAUGUUUAUACUCAGGACUUUUUCUAGUGUUAAAAUGAAUGAUUUGCGGUUUUGGGUGUUUGCAGUCACACUGCAGACUCUCUUGUUGUCUGCAAGCUGUGGAAACCGGCGGUCUGUGGCCUCCCAGGGGGGAGUCUCGAAAGGAGGUUGGAGACCAGUCGUAGGUUCCGGAGGGCUGAUGUACGGACAGUUCGGAACAGCUCCAUUACACACACAACAUUACAAAAUACCUGUUCCUGUACUCGACCAGUACCAAUACCAAUCAUCUUCGCGUCCGAUUGCCACAAAGGAUGUCAACAAACUGACUUCCAUAGCGCAGUCGUACCGACCCACCACCCUCAGGACGGUCCAGGUUGCGUCAGCUGGCCCCGCUAUCAACCAGCCCAUCAAUACUUACCACAACCCCUUUGCCUUCCAAAACAACGGAUUCUCAAACUACAAGUUCGUCCAAAACUUUCCUGUAGACAGCGUUCUUGUUCGAAACCCACACAAUCCUUUCGGAGCCCGCCCCGUAUAUACCAAGUUCCCCACUAAGUUGAAGCAGAACAACCAGUUCCAGAACGCCAUGAUGCAUCAGCUGACCAACAUCCAACCUAUACAGUUUGGUCAAUAUCAGACGGGGAAACCAUUGGACUUGUAUGGCAAACCAAUUGAUAGCUAUGCAAGGCCUACGGAAACUAAGAAGCAGCAGCAACAGCAACACCAGCAGCAACUGCAACACCAGCAGCAACAGCAGCAGAAGCAGCAACAACAGCAUCAACAUCAGCAGCAGCAGUCUGCGAGUGGUACGGAGAUCUUCAAGCCCGAGGUGUACAAGCUGCCAGACAGCGCCGCCGCGCCGCAAUCCGUCAGCCAGCAGCAAGUGAAGACAGCGCAGCAGCAGGGCUUGGUCGGCUUACCCAACGUAGUCAAUCCUUAUUCACAGUAUUCAUUCCAGGAUGCUGUUUUCCCACCGAGUAUAUUAGGUUCGUUUGGAUCAUUCGGAGUACAACCAGUGAAAGGAAAUCCCGUGUACCAAUUACCAGCCACCAAGACCACAUACUUACCUCCCCAACCGACGAAACAGACCAUUUUUAACUCGUUCAGUUAUACGCCAAAUUAUAAGACCACCCCAACAAUAUUUGAUUCAACCACACCCAGAUUGCCAACGACGCAAAAUCAAAUUCACUAUGCUACCACGUAUAGUGACUUUAAGAUCACACCAACACCACAAACCAAAGUAUAUGUUCCCCCAAAAAUAGAUCCCAAUGCAGGCGCCAAAGACAAUUUCAAACCAAGUCCACAAGAUCCUUUUAUAAAGAACCAUCCAAAUGACUACAACAAAAUAUCAGUAACAACAUACAACCCAGUCACACAAACGACUACGUUAUCCAACAAUUUCUACGAUUACAAUUUCCCGGCGCACCAAAAUCAACAAGGUCAAAUAAGUCAUGAGCCUCAAAAUUUCAAUUAUGACAAAAAGAAGCAUAGGAUUCACGACAAUGUAGCAGCGGGCGGUAACCAACAAUCCUCCCAACAAUAUAUCAAUGCUCCUGUGAAAUCCGAUUUAGAUAACGCUCAUAACUCUCCUUACCAAUCCACAUAUGAAGUGACUGAAGCUAAUGAUGGGGACUCCAACUCUCAGUCGUCCGCUAGCCCGUGGUUGUUGACAUCGCAAUCGUACGACUACGACAACCAAAAGACCACCGAAGAAUCCGUGAAGCUACAAGACUACUCAGAUUCUCUGAGCAGACCGGGACCCACCGCCGUAUCUGACCUCCCUGAAGAAUACUCCAUCGUAACCGAGGCUGACAAGGGCCAUGAAAACUCUUUGAGCUACGACAACAAAGUCGAAUCUCAAAGUAGGCGGCCUGUUGGUGACGAUUUCGAACCUAUCGGCAAGCACAAGCUCAAAGACUACUACUACAAGGUAUCAACUCCUGCAUACGAUGACUACAGCACGUCAAGACGAACGAAAAAGCCGACUGAGUCGGCGAAAUACACUGCGACACAAGAAACUACCACAGCAUUUAACAAUAACAAGGAUCAGAAGGGGGACAUACAAGUCGAAGCUCUUCCCACGCUGCCUCCCAACAAGCACUUUAAACGUCCGAACACACCCGAACGCAAGCGCAACAAGAUAAGGAGGCGUCGUCCUCCUCUAGCUAACAUUAACCGUAACAAAGAGGAGACAACCAGCACGUCAAGCACCCGGUCUUCCACAUACAGCUCCUCAACCGAGCCCACACCAACCACCGACGCAGAAGAAGCACACACCAUCAAACCCCGAGUACGACCAACUAAGUCCCAACCUAACCUCACCACACCCACGGUAACCACGGACCUGACCACCAGCGCCUUACCGACGGUCACACCUACUUUACCCACCAUCAUAAAGAAGAAGCUCGCUCACCGCCGGCCGGUCACCACGCCCGCAGACAAACCUGAAACAACUACUACGGCCAGCACACGAGAUGACGUCAGCAAGGACUCCCAGAUCAUGAAAAUUGCGAAUCGACCAAACUAUCCCAAGUUAAAUUUUGAUUUCAAAAAUGACUUUAGCCACAAACAAGACGAGAAGGAUACACCUACCAGCGACGUUGCCGUAAGCUUAUCAGAUACAUUGAAAGCUGCUGCAGAAAAUGAACAAGAUUUUUCCUUCCACAAAGACGUUAAGCCCAUAGAAGCUAAAUUGGAGCCGGUGAAAUCAUGGGAAACCACAACAGAAUAUUACAAAGAAGAUGCAAAUGAUUACACCACCACACCUCGCGCAGACGUCACGACCACAGGACGAUCUCAAAGGCCUAGAAUCCGGAACAAAUACAAUAGAACACGAUUCAAUGUUAAAGAUUACAGAAACAGGUUGAGUUCCACCACAAGCACGACAGAGAAAACGAUUGAAAACACGCCCAAAGUACGAUUCCCGCAGAGAAGGGUGCCCUACAACGAGAACGUUAACAAUGAAAAUGAUAACGCUACUGAACGCAAGCGCUUCACACCUAAAGAACCUAGGCUAAAACCAAACAACGAGAAUAACGAACCAACAGAGAGGGAACACACCACGAGGCCGCACAGGCAGAGACAGACGACGGAGAACGUUGAGGCAACUACCAUCAGAGUGUCCGCGCGCAUCCGGAACGGACAGCGCCGGCCGAGACCCACGGAGGAGCCCGUCGAGACCACCAGCCCGACCACAGUGCACAGCAAGCGACCAUUAAGGAAGAAGAUCAAGGACUCCGACAUCGGCGAAUCCGUACAAGACGUCUCAGUAACAGACACUACAGUGUACGACAGAAACGAAAUCACAUCAGAAAGAACGAGAUCUGAGAGCGCAAUCAUGAAGAUCGCGGACAAAAAGCACCAAGACCACUUAGAACACCUCUUCGAGCACUCAAAAAGGGUAUCAGACUUGACUUUGGCAGCAAGUAAAGACUACAACAAGCCGGGUAUGUUUAAGACGGUGGCGUCGAACAGCAGACGAAUACCGAACUACUUCACUAUAGCGACUGAUGACCCCAUCCUGCCGAUAGAGGCGUUUUUCCAGCUAAACCAAAAGAAGGAAUCGUAACGUUCCUAGCAAGUAUGCAAACCAAAUCCUCUUCACUGCCAAAGCUUCUCUAUAGGUCUCUCUAAUACACGUAAAGAUCAGAAGGUUCACUUCAUACAAAACUUGGUUCAUGCAAUAUAGAUGAUAAGUUUUAUAUUUGUCUCCCAUCUCUAUCGGGAUUCUUCAAGUAUUUCUGCAGGUGUUACUUCAACUUGACAGACAUGCUGUAUUUAAGGCGAUAAAUCAAGACUGCUGUCA